UGAAACCAGUUGAGUUUACUCAACGAACACACGUGCUGGCUUUCUAUCAAUAAACAUAAAAGAAUUACCGUUUAAUAUGAGUAACAAAUUAUUUGAUGGUUCCGACGACGAUGCCGACGAUUUACAGUUGUCCACUAAUCAGGACUAUGCCAACUCGUAUAAUGUUUUGCGCAAAAAGGAGUUGUUACAGAAGUAUAAGGAUCGUGGUCUAGACAUCUCAGAGUCGGAGCUGGACAGUGAUAGCGAGUCCUCCGACGAGGAUGAAGUGGAUGUUAAGUUUGAUCAAGAGUUUUUCAAAACUCUCGCAUCAUUGAAAAGCAAAGAUCCUCGCAUAUACGACAAGGAAACACAGUUCUUCAAUGAAAAGGAGGACAGUGAGAGCAACGAUGAUGCGGAUGCUCCCAAAAAGAAAUCCAGCAAAAGCAAGCCAGUAACCUUGAAAGAUUACGAGCGAAAAGUAAUUUUAGAGCACAAUGGCAAGUUUGAAAGCUCAGACGAUGAACAAGAGCAAACGGAGAAACAAUUUGAGAGGGCCCAUUCGCCUACUGCUGUGGAAGAGGAGAGACGUCUAAAGGCAGAGUUUAAGAGCGUUAUGAACCGUGAAGAUGACGAAGAAGAUGAGGAGUUUGGUGGUAUCUUUAAGAAGCGCACCAAAACUCAGGCGCAAACAGAUGCCGAGGAGGCAGACUUUGCUAAGUGGCUGGCCGGCAAGCAAGCGGAUGCAGAGAUCGAGGCAAGUGCAAAGCAACAGUUGGCUCCACUCAAGCAAUACUGGAGUAGCAGCAAGCUAACCCAAGGAGAAAGUUUUCUACGUGACUAUAUACUCAAUAAGGGCUAUGCCAACACAAAUGAAUCCGAAAUUCCUACCUACGAUGAGAUCGUGGGAGAGAAUGAACCAUUAUCGGAUGACGAGCAGGAGCUAGAGAAACAGGCGGAGUUUGAACAGAAAUACAAUUUUCGUUUCGAGGAGCCAGAUACAGAUUUUAUUAAGCGCUAUCCAAGAACUAUUGAGCAGUCGAUUCGUCGCACGGACGACACACGUAAGGAGAAGCGUAAAGAGAUAAAGCAGCGUAAGGAACAGGAGAAACUGCAAAAGAUGAAGGAAUUGGAUUUAAUUAAGGAUAUGAAGCGCAAGGAGAUUGAAGAGAAAAUUCGCAAGCUAAAGGCUGUUACGGGCAACGAUGAGCUUGGCUUUAAGGAUGAGGAACUGGAAGAGGAUUUCGAUCCCGAAGCACAUGAUCGACGCAUGCAGGAACUCUUCAAUGAUGAGUACUACGAAGUGGAUGAGGGGGAAGAAAAGCCGGAAUGUCCUUCAGAUAUUGAAGAAUUGGCGCUUGAGGAUUGGGAUAACUAUGAUCCAAGGCAAAACAAUGGGAAUAAUGACGAGGGCCAUUGUGAAGAUGAUGAUUUCAAUAUGGAUUGCGAUUAUGAUCCGGUCUCCUCGAAGCAACAGCUGCAGCAGGAGCUCAUCGAUAGUACAUGGAGUCGAAAAGGUCGCAAGGGACGACGCAAUCGUUUCAUGGAAAUGAUUCAAGCUGAGAAGCCAGCGUUUAAUCCAGAUGAUGAACAAACAUAUGGCGACUAUAUCGAUGAAUACUACCAGCUGGACUAUGAGGAUAUAGUGGGCGAUCAGCCGUGUCGUUUUAAGUAUGUGGAGACCACGCCAAAUGAUUUUGGCUUAACGAUCGAGGAGAUCCUUCUGGCUAAGAACAAGGAGCUCAAUCAGUGGGCUAGCCUAAAGAAGGCUGUGCAAAAUCGUCCAGAUUAUGUGGAGAAAAAAGAGCAACGGUUAUACAAGAUGAAAGCAAAAAACGAGGAUCUUAAGCGCAAGAUUUUUAAAAGCUUAUACGGCGAUGGUUCUGAAGAUGAAGAGGAAAGUGGCGCACAAACUGAGACCCAACUAGUUGUUAAAGCUGACCCCAAUGAGCAGCCUGCUGCUCCAGUUGCAGAGCAAGUGCCCGCAGAAACCCUAUCAAAGUCGAAGAGAAAAAGACUAAAGAGAAAAGCUGCCGCUGCAGCUGCAGGGGCAUCAACAAGUGCAACACCCCCAGUGGCAGUCAAGAAUGAGGAGCAGAAGAGUACAGAACUCAUUAAAAAUGAAGAUUUAACAACUUCCGUUGAAAUACCUGCAAAAAGAAAAAAGAUUGACAACGAUGAACAGGAUAAUAAGCCAACUGCAACGAUUACGACGGCGCCAGCUAAAAAGAAAAAGAUCGAGAAACAGGAACCACAAAAGGCAAAACAAACAGCUAAGAAAAAUAACUCGAAAAACCCCUUUGCUAAAAAUCAAGUGCCUAACAAAAAUGAAGUCAAGCCAAGUGGUGCAAGCGGGAAUCCUUUCAAUAAGCAACAAGCUCCACGACAACAACAAACCACGAAGCAGCAGCAAGCUCCAAGGAAGCCACAAGCUCCAAGAUUGCACCAAGCUCAAUCUACAGGCACAAAUCCCUUCAAGAAAUUAGGCAACAAAAACGAGACAACACGUCCUAAGCGAGACUUCAAAGCCAAAGGUAAAGCGAAUAGUUCUAAUCCUAAUGGCAUCAGCGAUGAUCGGCUCAAGGCCUACGGCAUUAAUCCACGCAAGUUUCACAAUCGGCAAAAGUAUGGAAAAAAACCACAGUGAGCUGUCUG